CGCGAUGCUGCUCCCACCUCAACUGGCAUCCAUUGAAGGACUUCGGAAGUUGGGUAUUACUUGUAGGUCAAGUAUCCAACUCCAUGUCUGCAGACUUUUGGGCCGGCUAUAUUAGCGGCGCUAUCGGUAUAAUCAUUGGGAAUCCCCUUGACCUAAUUAAAGUUCGACUGCAAGCAAGCAGUUCUGCCAAUGGCCCUGUAUCACCUCGACAGUUGACUCGAUUUGAGAGCACUAGUUCUCUUGUGCGAGGCGCUGCGGCUCCAAUCCUUGGAUAUGGAGCUCUCAAUGCACUACUCUUUGUGUCUUAUAACCGGGCAUUGAUGCUCUUGGAUAGAUCAGUCACUGACCCCACCAACCCUCAAAAUUGUGCUCUAUAUAAACUUUGGCUUGCUGGGGCCUUAGGCGGAAUUGCCAGCUGGACAGUUUCCUCCCCAACAGAAUUCAUCAAAUGCCGAGCACAGCUUGACGCUUGCCCGGGAGUCUCAUCGUGGACAGUCGCCAAGGAUAUCGUUCGGACUCGCGGCUGGAGGGGAUUAUAUUUUGCUGGUGGAAUAACAUGUGCUAGAGACUCUAUAGGAUACGGAUUCUACUUCUGGUCCUACGAAUACUGCAAGAGGUUAAUGUCCUCUCCCGAUGGAGAAGAUACGAGCAAUACUGCCUUGAAGGUGCUUUUUUGCGGCGGCAUUGCUGGAAUAGUUACAUGGGCUUCCGUCUUCCCGCUUGACGUUAUUAAGACCCGUCUGCAAGCAAGUACGAUUGCGGACUAUGCUGAAGCACGCCCUUUAUUACAAGCGCAGACCAGCAAACAGACGCUAGGUUCGUUCGACCUGGCAAGGGAGAUGUAUCGAGCGGAAGGCUUCAAAGCCUUUUAUCGAGGCAUUGGGGUAUGCAGUUUAAGAGCCUUCAUCGUAAAUGCAGCCCAGUGGGCGACAUAUGAGUGGCUUAUGAGAUGUUUCCAAGACCCAACAUGGUAUAAGUCACUGGAAACUAUAUAAUACAAUAGAUCUGCAGGUGUAGAGAUGA